CGGGGUUGGGGUGUACCGCAGCGGCAUGGAGCAGCUGAAGCAGUCCUUCCCUGUGGAGCUGACCCUCAUCACCUCUGAACACCAGCGCCUCCACACACACGCCCUGCAGGAGUUCAUGAAGCGCCGCUUUAAGGACCAUCAGGGAGAACACCUGGAGUCUCUAGAGAAAGACAUCGAUCAACAUUUCGAGCAGUAUUUGCACCACAAUGAGGAGGCUUCAAAGAAGAAAUGCCAGGAUGUUCUGACGAGUCUGUCUGCUGAUAUGACCGGCCGGCUCCAGAGAGGGUCGUACGCUAAACCUGGAGGCUACAGAUUCUUCUGCCAGCACAUGGAGAUUAUUGUGCAGAAAUACAACAGAGAGACAGCUAACGCAGUCAAGGCUAAAGAAGUCCUAGAGGAGUUUUUCAAGAAGAAGCAUGUGGAGUCUGAAGCCAUCCGGCAGGCUGACGUGAUCCUGAGUAAACAAAGGAAACGGAUUUGUGAGGAGACGGAGAAAGCGUAUCUCCUGCGCCAGAAAAUGAACUCUGAAGAGGAGAGGAUGAGCAAGAUGGAAGCACAGAUGAAGGUACACAAGGAUAGCUUUGAAGAGAUGAUGAAACAGAUAGAAGAGAAGAAUGAGGAGGAGAAGAAACGAGAGGAAGAGGAGUUCGAGAAGGAUCUGGAGAGCAAGAUGAAGGAGCUGAGAGAGACGCUGGAGAAAGGUCUGGAACCACAGGCGGAGCAGCUGAAACAGGAAGUGGAGGAGGCCAAGAGGAAGUAUGCGGACGCCAGAGCGGUGCAGGCGGAGCAGUUUGAGCUGACGCUGGAGGAGCUGAGGAGGAGGCGGCAGGAGCAGGAGAGGACCUGUGAGGAGACCAUGGCUCAGAUGACCAAGCAGUACCAGCAGACCGUCAUGGACAUCCGCAAGCAGAACGAGCGAGCCCUGGAGGAGAUGAAGCAGAGCGACAGCGAGAACGACCUCGACAGUGAUGAUGAUGAGGAUGAUGACGAUGAUGGAGACAGUCACUGUACGAUAUUAUGAAUUACAGUUGCCCUGUUGCAGUGAGAACGACCUCGACAGUGAUGAUGAGGAUGAUGAUGAUGAUGGAGACAGUCACUGUACGAUAUUAUGAAGUACAGUUACCCUGUUACAGUGAGAGUCACUACAAUAUUAUGCACAGGAACUACAGGGAAUAACAGUUGAUUGGGGUUGCAUUGUGAUGUUUGGUGGACAAGGGUUAUAUUUUCAUGUUUGAUGGACAAGGGUUAUAUUUGAAUCUUUUUUGUUAUUUGAAUGUGUUCCAUACUCUGAUGCCAUCGAUGCAGUACACUACAAUAGUAGCAACAGCUGUACCAUGUAUGGUUCUUGAUCAUCAGUCAAUCAAACAUAAAAUUAUCCUCUGAAGUAGACAUGCUGAAUGUUGUUGAACAACUUGACUUACUGCUCCCCCUUGUGGUCAAAUGCAGUAUUCAAAUUAUCACACACACAUCCAGACUUUAUUUACUCUAUACCUUUCAACACACAGCUGUGAAGACUGGUGACUGGUGACAUGCUUUUAAUACUGGUGAAGUUACAUAUGAAUAUACUGUAUAUUCCACAGUGUCUAUGUUUACAUUUAAUAUGUGAGCAAGUGAUGUCUCAAAGUCUUUUUUCCAUUUACCAUUAAUUAUUCUGUUGUUUUGUCAGUUGCAUAUCUCUUUGUCAGUUUUAUAUCUGUGUCACAGAAAUAAAAUGAA